AUGAGCAUGCCUCAUAGUACAAAGGAGAGUAGCCCUCUUUCAAGUCGGCACCGUUCAGUGAUCAAUACUGCUCCGCUAUUGACCCCGAAACACAGCCAUGAUAACUCGAAUACCCAAAUUUCAAGUGCCAGGAAUAUUAUAUCAAGCAGUCCAUCAACCAUCAUGAAUGAAAGCUCUAAAAGAAAUAAACAAAACUUGGUACUUUCAACCUCAUUCAUCUCCACCAAGAAACUGGAAAAUAGUGCACCUUCGCCGACCAGUCCCCUAGUGGCAAGGCGAACGAGAAGCACUAUGACGAAAGCACUUCUUAAUCUGAAGUCAGAAAUAAACAAUCAAUAUCAGGAACUGGCUCGAUUGCGCAAAAAGAAAGACGAUUUGGAACAUCUUCGGGACUCCACAAUAUCUGAUAUCUACUCCGGAUCUUACUCCACGGAUCAUUUACAAAAGCACUCAAUGAGGAUAAGGGCUAACACGCAACUCAGAGAAAUCGACAACUCGAUAAAAAGAACCGAGCGGCACCUCUUUGACCUCAAACAACAAUUUGACAAGAAAAGACAAAGAUCGCUCACAACGUCCAGUUCAAUAAGGGCUGACAUAGGAAGCAUCAGGAAUGACGAGGCUCAAGAUAAUGAUAGUGAAGAAUUGGAUGACCACAACAGUCUGACAGAUCAAAUCACUCUCGAUGAUGAAUAUCUGACCACUCCCACUUCAACAACUGAGCGUAGUAGUCAACAAAACUUGAAUCGAAACAGCACAAUUAACUCUCAAAACAAUGAGAACCUUUCAACUGUUUCUGUUUCAAAUUUGGGCGAUUCACAUGGAAUGAAUUUGACAGAUGACACCGAAAAAGAUCUUAGUAAUAUUGAGAACGAAAAUCAAAUCUUCAAAUCUACAACGACUGAGGCAGCUACUUGGUUAGUAAGCGACUAUAUGCAAAGUUUUCAAGAAAAGAAUGUUAAUCCUGAUUUUAUCGCCCAAAAGGCAAAUGGCUUAGUCAUUUUGUUGAGAGAGCAUACAGAAAUAAGAAAAGAUUUAGUGUUGACUUCGUUUAUGUCAUCAAUUCAAAAUCUUCUUCUUAGUGAAAACAAACUUAUUGCGGCAUCUGCCUACAGAGUAUGCCGAUAUUUAAUCAAUACUUCAAGUUUCAUUGAUGAACUGUUGGAGUUGAGGUUAGAUGCGUUUAUUAUUAUCUCCUUGGCGAAAGAUAAUUCCUAUCAAAUAGAAAGAGAACAGGCCUUGAAGCUAGUACGGAGAUUCAUUGAAUACAACAAUGGUAUAACACAGGGCAUGAUGCAAGCCAUUAUAAGUUGUGUUGAAAAACCCGAAGACUCUCUAAGGCAUAUGGCGUUGGAAACUCUGUUAGAGCUUUGUUUUGUCACUCCAGAAAUGGUUAAAGAAUGUCAUGGUAUGAGAGUUAUCGAGGGAUUCUUACAAGACUAUACUUCAUUUUCACUUGCGUCGGUAAUAUUGGAUACUGUUUUACAGUUAAUGGCUACGCACAAGACAAGACAACAUUUUUUAGAAGACUUCAAUGUAUCUGUAUUAACCACGGUCUUUUCCGACACAAAUACCAAGUCAAACGUUAAUGUAGAAAAAAUGCAAAACGCUUCUACACUUAUUUCAAUGACUCUGAACAGCUACAACGGUUUUAUGCUUUUUUCUAACGAUAACUUCCAGCCGCUCAAACAGUUGGUAUCAUUUUUUCAAAUUUCAAUUUGCGCUCAAUAUCUCAUCGAUAUCUUUCUUGAUGUUUUGAAAAUCAAACCUUUACCAUACAAACCAAGGGGCAGACACUCUCAUUCUUUCAAACCAACCCCAUCCCAAUACUAUAAAGAAUGUAUGUCUGUGAACCAAAGGCUUGCGUUAAUUGUGCUUAUUUUAGACAACUCAGAGUUUGUAUCUCAUCUUCUUGAACUUCUGAACGAAGAAGAUAGAGAUGACAACCUGGUAGCAAAAGGUAGAUAUCUUCUUACUGAAUAUUUUAAUCUCAGGAUGAACUUAGUCGACAAUAGAUACACCUCAGUGUCAAAACCAAUUUCCAAGGAAAAUUUCACCUAUGUGAACGAAACAUUCCAGUUCAGAAAGAUAGCUUAUAGAAUGAAUAGAAAUAGAAAUACAAUUGGAAUGUCUGAUAUCGAUUACGUUCAAAACAUAAAAUCAUUUUCCAAAAAUAUCAAAGAAAAUACUCUUCUUCGCGAAGUGGAUGAUUUCCGAUUCAGGAGAAUGGUUUAUGACUCUAAAGUUUUACAAACAAAGGACUUUACGCGAUGGAAUUGGAACAUAAUAAAUGAAUUACUCGAAGGACCCUUAUUGAAUAAAAAACAACUGGAAGAAUUGGUUAAAUCAACCAAAUUCAUCAGGAGAUUAUUGGUGUUUUAUAGACCACUUAGAUUGAGAUUUUCCAAUGUCAAUAGAGGUGCAAAAUUAUCUCAAAAAUAUGUGCAAGUUGGAUGUCAGUUUUUCAAAACACUAACGGCAACGCCUGAAGGCAUGAAAAUCCUCAUGGAUGAUACCAAGAUUAUACCGCAAUUGGCUUCUUUAAUGUUUAGAGCCAUGGAGGGAAACAUAUCCGGUAACAUUUUCAACAAAAAUACAUUAAGGGAGAAAAUAAUUUUUGGCUAUUUCAAAUUUAUUGGAAUCCUCAUGCAAUCUAAGAAUGGGGUCCAUAUUUUAACAAGAUGGAACUUUUUUACCGUGAUAUAUAAGAUGUUUCAAUUCGAAUCGAAGUUGGGGCUCCAAUUUUUAUUACUGACCAUACCUGAAUUAGAUUUGAAGUAUUCGUCACAUUGCCGUGUCAUUAUUGGCAAGGCACUUGUUGUUGCCAACGAAAAAGUUAGGAUUGAGGCCACGAAGCAUAUCGGUGACAAACUAAAGGAACUGUUAUCGAUGAAAGAAAGUGAUCUCAAGUUGAAAGCAAACAAAACCAAACUGCAGCAAUUUAAAAUGGAAAUGCUAACGCGACAGCUAUACGAUUUAAGCCCCAGUGUAGUUGCGGUAGCGGACCAAGCUUUAUAUGAGUGUAUUGUUGCAGGCAAUGGCUCCGAAGAGUUGGGCACCUCAUUUAGGAUGUUUUUGAAUCAAAUGGUAUUUAUCAGGUCGCCGAUACUUUUCGAACUGUUAAGUCGGCCGUACGGGUUUCAACUGUUGAAUGAAAUCAAUUUCGUGAAGGAGGAGAGAGAUUCGUGGUUGUCCAAAAAAAAUUUAGAAUAUGUUCAUAUUGUGGAGGAGUUUUUGAAGAAAAAUCAAUCAAUAGAUGCCAAAUCCCUUACGUUUCAACAAAAGAGCCGUUUACCACUUCAUUUUUAUGAAAGUUUAACCAAAACGGAAGACGGGAUAUUGCUCUUAAGCCAUACAGGGGAUUUAGUUACGUUUAUGAACGUCAUAAAAAAAUACGUUAACGGAAACGAUAUGACUAUGAUGGAAGAUGCCAAAGAAAUUUUGGACUUAAAAGCGGCACUGUGGUGCGUUGGAUUCAUAGGAUCCACAGAAUUGGGCAUAGGCUUAUUGGAUAACUACUCGUUGGUGGAAGAUAUUAUUGAGGUGGCCUAUAACGCUAGCGUGACCAGCGUCAGGUUUACAGCAUUUUAUGUUUUGGGGUUAAUCAGCACUACCCGAGAAGGGUGCGAAAUUCUGGAUGAAAUGGGGUGGAAUUGUUGUGUCAGCGUACAAGACGAGCCAAUCGGAAUUGCAUUACCGAACCGACUUGAUAGAUUUCUUUCAUAUAAUGAGCACAAAUGGUCCACUUUCGGCGAGUAUACAGACGAGAUGAUAGUUUUUAAUAGAAGCAAUGGUGACCUGAUAGAAAAGAGCGUUCCUAUUGAAUUCGAUUUAGACAAAUUGCUCAGAGAGAAGAAUACAGCAGAGAAUCCAUUAAACGAGAAGAUGAUCAUCAGUAAAAACGACAAGAACAUCACAAGUCAAAGUAUUACAAUUUCAGAUGAAAAUAAUAGUUUUUUCUCAAUUGAAGGCCUACCUUCUCCCUAUGUGUCACAAUACCGCAACGACGAGGAUUCGAUCGAAAUCAAAGUGCUGCACAUAGUGAGUCAACUAGGUAAUCACAUCCUUUCCAAUCACGCUGUAAAGGAAAUCACAGAAAUAAACAAUAAGUAUGGUCCAAGGCUUUUUGAAAACGAGAAAAUGUUCUUCAAAGUGUUCAAUAUGAUGUCGAAAUAUCGAUUUAAACCACACGUCAGGAAGUUUCUUUGUGGGCUAUUCAUCAACCACAGAGCACUUGAAAAUGUUAUUAGGCACGAUAACAAGAGAGACAAAAGACCAACAUACUCUACACGUUAA